AUGGUGAAGAAGUCCAUCAAGAAGGAGCGACGGAAAAUACUCGUCCAAACUCAGGAGAAAUGCCUCCAACGUCAUAAGACGGCCAAUGCGGAGAAGAUUCCAGAAGGGGAUGUGCAUAUACCGAAUAAAUGGAAGCGACAAGAGCUCGUCGGACGACAAUAUAGGGAGAAGAAGAAGGUUAAGAGGGAGACUAGAAAGCAAAGACAAGAAGCUAGAGCUAGAGGAGAGGAGGUCGAUGUGCCGGUGACUACGACUAUCGAAAUGAUGAGGGAAGCAGAUGUUACGAUGCUGCCUCCAGAAGGGGAUGAGGAGGUUAGGGCGGAUGAGAGGAUGGAUGAGUUCAGGCACACCUUUCCUACCCCACCUCCUACUAGCGAGGUUCUCCCACUAGGGCAAGCAGCAGCUGGGGAAGAUACGCCCAGUACAGUUCCUACUACGGUGGAAGCUGGACAGGAUGAGGGAGAGGAGGAGGAGGAGCAGAGGGAGCCUGUGGAGCCUAAGAUAAUGCUAACGACGUCUAUGGCAUAUCCCUCUGAGCGAUCGUACGGUCUCAUCAAAGAGCUGGUCGAAGUGGUGCCGGGCCUGCAGUACUUCCGGAAGAAGCAUUUCCCUAUCACCAAGAUUUGCGACUUUGCUAACAAUAGAGGAUUCACAGCAGUUGUGGUACUGUCGGAGGACAGAAAGCAUGAGCCCUCCUCUCUCCACAUCACUAGCUUGCCUGAGGGUCCUACUUCCUACUGGAGGCUUACCAGUUUAGAGUUGGGAGCUGAUAUGAAGCAUGGAGCUACAUGUAACCCUGAGGACCGUCCUGAGCUACUGCUGAAUGGUUUUGGUACGAGACUUGGUCACAGACUAAUCAUCAUAGCUAUGCUCUGUUAA